AUGGUUGAAUCACCUUCAGAUAGGCCUCCCUCCAUCAUCGUUCACCUAAUACGCCAUGCCUCGUCAAACCACUUGGAAGGAGGACUUGACUUUGGCUUGUCUUCUAAAGGAGAACGCCAAUGUGACGAGCUCUACGAAAGUAUGCGAAAACACGCAGGCUAUAUUACUCAUAUUUUCUGUUCGCCUAUGAAACGCUGCUUAGAAACUGCUCGAAAGGGUCUCCUUGAGGCGACGAACAGGGGCACCAGGAUCCAAAUCAUGCCUGCUCUUGCCGGUCGGAAUGGCCAAGCACCCUGGAAUUUACGAGAGGAAAACCAGGAAAAUGAUAUCAGUGGUCCCUGGGUCAGUGAGGUAGCAGAUCCUAGGUCAAAGUCCAAGGAUGCUGAUUUCGUUAUGAAAUGGUUGACAGGGAAAGAUUUGUCUGUGCAAGCAGCUCAAAAAGUGUUGGAGGUUGUGGUUGUGAGCCAAGCUCAACUAUUGAACGAUUUAUUAUGGAAAUUGAAAGGAGGUAAUCAUGGCUGGCCCAAUGCAACGAUCGUCACCUAUAUUCUAGAUCGUGACGGAAAGUGGACUCAUUGUCGGCUCCAGAAGACUAUUGAUAAACAGAGAAAUUCUCAACAAGAUUGGAAAAAACGAAUUGUAGAAGCAGCUCAUGAAGAGCAAAGAAAACGAGAGGAAAAAACCAAGAAAGAGCAGGCAGAGAAAUUGGACAAACAAAAGCGGGAGUUAUUGAAGACACAAGAUUUCAUGCUCGUGGUUGAUCGCGAAACCGAUGAAAUCGUUACAUUCGGGAGGUUCCAAGAACUACUUAAGGAGCGAUAUGCAAAAGAAUUCUCAUCAGCAGCGGAGCCUGUUGUAAAGAAAGCGAAGCCGGUUGAAAGGAAUGGUAACAAAAAGCCCGUUGGAAAGAAACCGAAGCCUGUUGCGAAGAAAUUGAAGCCAGUUAAAGGGAAAGUGAAAGCGAAGGCUGCUUUAGAGAAAUCCGAGCCUGUUGCCAAGAAAAGAAAACGAGGAUGA